AUGCCGCCUCCUCCUCGAAGUCGCUCAGCCACCACUGCACAUACUUCUGUUGGGAAAUAUCCCCGUCCGGCACACGGGGCAGUGGAACUCGAACAGCAGCCACUGGAAAACGAAUUGAGGUGGAGGGACGUCACAAAGAACGCCAACAUGUCCAUCGUCUCCAUGCCUCGAGAAAGGGAUCGAUGUGUCGCUGGAUAUCUUCCCCUCUUUCAGCUGCUGGUAGUCAGGAUCACACUCGUUCAGCCAGCCGUCUUCAUUAACGAGCGACGAAGAGGACAGCCAUCACCGAAAAACACUACGCGACUGAUGUUCACUGAGAUUCUUCUUCCUACCAUGGCACGCAACUAUUCGAGUGGCCUCCGUUCCCCGCGCUCGCUAUCGGUCUGCCGCUCCCGCAGCCGCUCGCCUAGGUGGCGUAGUCCGAGACGCAGUCCGAACAGCUAUCGACACGGAUCGCGCUCUCGCUCACGCUUCGGGAGACACGAAAGUCGUGAAACGAGAGACCGUCGAUACUCACGCUCCAGAUCCAGAUCCAGACUGAGAACGGCAGCCCCAAAGCUCACAGAAGAGCUGCCGCCCAUACCGUUCGUGCAUCAGUACCGAAACGGCAAGUACUUCUACGUUCGUGAAUGCUACGAGAGAUACUACAAACUUGUGAAGGAGAUGCUGGACAGCGGGGAGAGGUGUGUUACGGUGACGGGGACACCCGGUGUUGGCACGUCCGUCUUCUACGCUUAUUUCUUCAAUCACUUUCGGAAGGAAGAGACCGACUCUUGGGUCAUUGCAAUGUCCCAUGUGAUGAAUAACAUCGCAGUGGCCACCGUCUUCAAGGGCAGAAGGGAUGCUGGGGAAGACUUGGGUUUAUGUUUUACCAGUACAAAGCUAGCUGCGAUUGGCACGACCUUGAAAGAGGCACGCGUACAGAAGAAAAAGGUGCUCUUCCUGUGUGACGGAGCGCCAACUCACCUUUGGUGGCCUCAUCAGAUGGUCGUUUUCACCAGCCCGGACGAGGAGUGGUUGAGGCAGGUGAGGAAGGACGACUGCACGCUGUUCAUGCCUCUCUGGACGCACAACGAGCUUCGACAAGCCGCAAUGGCGCUUUCAUUCGCGGGAUCGAGGGAGAUCAGCUGCGUCAGUGACGCAGCUCUUGAAACGCGAUUCAAAAUCUUCGGAGGCGUGGCUCGCGAGUGCUUUUUACCCUCAGAGAGUUCUGUCGAGCGCGCGAAGAGUGACCUGCAGAGAGAUCUGGCAAUUUUCCAGUCUGAAAAAGCUUUGGAAACUACUCAAGAGGAACGGCUGAAUGAGGACACGAAACUUGCGUCUCCGUUUGUCAUCGAGGAGCCCGCGAAACAUUUGCUGCGAUUCGUCGAUGCCGAUAGGGAGAAGAUACGCGCGUCACUCGACGGUAUCCCGCAAGCUGCACCGCUGCUGGAAUGGAUCUUCGAGGCCGGUGCAGCAGGUGCUAGCUCGAACGCCGACCGUCGCUGA